AUGAGCGGGGUGCUGUCAGGGGUAACCACAUCUGUCAACCGUUCUUGGCCAAUAAAGAGCGGAGCGAGGCGGACCACAGGUGCGCGCCUCUGCGUCCCCUUGGCACAGCGCCCGGGAGAUGCUGGAGAGAGACGCCUAGCUGCCCCGUGGCGCAAAAGAGUUACUGUCAAAGGCUGCCUCCUUUUAACUCCAGCUAUCACUCUGGCUCCGAUAGUUAUGGCGACCGCAACGUCCAACCACUACAGCGUCCUCACCACCCCCAGCAGCGCGCCACCGCCGCACUCGGAGUCCGGGAGCAUGCAGCAGGCGGCAGCGUACAGGGACGCGCACACCCUGCUCCAGAACGAUUAUAGCACGUUACCGGGCGGUGGACAUCCGCUCAGCCACGCGCACCAGUGGAUAACGGCGCUGUCUCACGGUGACGGCGGGACGCCCUGGCCACCGAGUCCCCUCGGAGAACAGGACGUGAAGCCCGUGCUGCACGACAGUGACCGAGAGGAGCUGCAGAACUCCAGCAGUCUGCAGCAACAGCAGCAACAGCGACACCCUCACCUCGCGCACCAGCAGGUGCAUCACGACGCCAGAGCAUGGCGAACCAGCACAGCCACCACGCACAUCCCCGGUAUGGCGACAUCUGAGGGCCAGAGCCUAGUGUAUUCCCAGUCCGGCUUCGGUCUGAUGCCGGGGGGAGAGCAAGGGGGGAUGCACCACCACCCCCUGCGGGAUGAGGACCACCACAGCCACAGCCCGCAUCUCAGUGAUCACGGAGGCGGCCCUGGGGCCCACCAGCAGUCUCUGUCACACCAUCACCAGCACGGGGGCCAUCAGGACCAGUCAGACGAGGACACACCGACCUCCGACGAGUUGGAGCAGUUUGCCAAGCAGUUCAAACAGCGACGUAUCAAGCUGGGCUUCACCCAGGCGGAUGUGGGACUGGCUCUUGGGACGCUGUAUGGAAACGUCUUUUCUCAGACCACCAUUUGCAGGUUCGAGGCGCUCCAACUCAGCUUCAAAAACAUGUGUAAACUCAAGCCCUUGUUGAACAAGUGGCUGGAGGAGGCGGACUCCACCUCGGGGAGUCCCACUAGCCUGGAUAAAAUCGCGGCACAGGGACGGAAAAGGAAAAAGAGGACCUCCAUCGAGGUGGGCGUCAAAGGGGCUCUGGAGAGCCAUUUUCUCAAAUGUCCAAAACCAGGAGCAGCGGAGAUCAACUCCCUAGCGGACAGCCUGCAGCUGGAGAAGGAGGUGGUGAGGGUUUGGUUUUGUAACAGGCGGCAGAAGGAGAAGAGGAUGACACCCGUUGGGGGACAGAUACCUGGAGGUGAGGACAUGUACGGGGACACCCCUCCUCAUCACGGAGGACAGACUCCUGUGCAGUGACCCCAGUCAGUUAUUCUGAGCAAAACACGGACCCCUUCAGGAGAUGUAAUGCCUCCUUAUUUGUUUUAAUCUCUGUGCUGGACCGAUCGGAACUGGACCUCGGCCAGUUUAAAUGUUGGACCCACGGACACGCACAAUGGGGAUAUACAGUGGCAACCAAGCACUAAAAAUACGCAUAGUAGAGAGCCGAAUGGGGAGGUUUCAUGCCGCGGAACUGCCAAGCAUAUUGGGAUACGGCUGGUGUGUGCUAACCAAAAAAAAAAUAAAUAAAAAAAAAUAAUCAGCGACAAAAUGCUUUUCUAUACCUUCUACCGAGGCGCCAAUGUGUCAUUAUGUAACGUGUCAUUAAAGAAAGGCAGAGUGUGAUGUGGACACGAGGUGUCCGCAGGGGGGGAAAAUAUAAAAGCAAGCUCCGGGUUCCAUGAGAAGUCGCAGUCAGUGUGGGUAAAUAAACGCCAUCUUUCCAUCAUAACAAAAGCAACAGGGGUGCUUCGCAGCUUGUGGCAAGAGAGGGCUGAAAUGGCAGACACCUGCUGUACAAUAUUAAAAAAUCAAGCCAAUACCA